AGGCUGUCAGGUUACUCUGCACAGGUGGCGCUGACUGAACAACUGCACCCUGCUGCAAGUCCAUGCAGGAGGUCAGCCAGGGCAAGGCAAGGCAAGGUACGGGCUGGUGGCUGUGGCCGUGCAGUGCGUCGCCCCUGAGUCGCACGUGUUGGAGCGGUGGGGGCAUGCGGCUGUGCGAGGGGAAGUCCCCAGCAACACGGCGGCGCUGUGCGCUGCUGCUUGGCUCCCUGCUGCUGGUCACUGCCCUGGCACUGCGCAGUGUCACCUGGCCCUGCCACGAUGGCCACCCCCGCUGCCGAGACCACCUCCACCAGGCUCUGGAGCUUCCCACCAGCCGAAGGAUCAACUGCGCAGGGGUUGUCAGCGGGGACGAGCAGGCAAUCCAGGAGGCAUUCCUCAGCAACCUGGAGACUAGAAACAAAAGGGCACCCCUGACACCCGAAGCGUACCUUAACAUGACGAAGGACUGCAGCAGCUUCAAGAAGACCCGGCGCUUCAUUGAAUUCCCACUUAGCGAGGAGGAGGCCAAGUUCCCCAUCGCCUACUCCAUGGUCAUCCAUGACAAAAUCGAGAUGUUCGAGCGGCUCCUGCGAUCCAUCUACGUGCCACAGAAUGUCUACUGUGUCCACAUAGACAGCAAGUCGCCAGCCACCUUCCAGGAGGCCGUGAGGGCCAUCGCCGCCUGCUUCCCCAACGUCUUUGUGGCCAGCCGCCUGGAGAGGGUGGUCUAUGCCUCCUGGUCACGCCUGCAGGCUGACCUCAACUGCAUGCAGGACCUGCUGCAGAGCCCCGUGCCAUGGCGCUACGUCCUCAACACUUGCGGCACCGACUUCCCCAUCAAGACCAACGCGGAGAUGGUCCGCGCCCUCCAGAUGCUGCAGGGGCAGAACAGCAUGGAGUCGGAGAAGCCGUCGUCCUACAAGCAGCUGCGGUGGAAGUACCACCAUGAAGUGGGGGAGGCCAUCUCCCAGACAGCCACUGAGAAGCUGCCGUCACCGCUCAGCUCCCCCAUGUUCACGGGCAGCGCGUACAUCGCGGUGACGCGGGCCUUCGUGCAGCACAUCUUCGAGGACCCCACAGUGCUGCAGUUUCUCGAGUGGGCCAAGGACACCUACAGCCCUGACGAGCACGUCUGGGCCACCCUCACCCGCGUGCCCGGCGUGCCGGGUGCCGUGCCCCAAAACGACAAGUUCCAGCUCUCGGACAUGAACGCCCUGCCCCGCCUGGUCAAAUGGCAGUACCUGGUGGGCGACACCAGCAAGGGAGCGCCCUACCCGCCCUGCACCGGCCGGUACCAGCGCGCCGUUUGCAUCUACGGGGUCGGAGACGUGUCCUGGAUGCUCCGGCAGCACCACCUCUUGGCCAACAAGUUCGACCCCCAGGUGGACGAUGCCGCCAUCCAGUGCCUCGAGGAGCACCUGCGCCACAGGGCCCUGCGCGGCGCGGGGCUCUGAGGGGAGCCGCCGCACAGCCCGCCCCGGCGGCGCCUGAGGGGCGGCGGAGGAGGAGC